AGCGGCUAUAAAACACCAGCUGGCCCCGUGGCACAGCCACAAACAAGCCCACCAUGGCCAAAGUGCUGCCUGCCUGCCUUCUGCUGGCCCUGCUGCUGCUGGCCCCAGCCCUGUCGGUGCAGCACGAGCGAGGGCUCGUCGUCAACUUGGAAAUCGGGGAGCUGUGCCUGCAGAGCGUCCAGUGCAAGAGCGGCUGCUGCCACCGGGUCAACGGCCUCAGCCUGGCCCGAUGUGCUCCGAAGGCAGCUGAGUUCCAGGAGUGCUCCCCAAAGAGCAUCUAUGGGGUCUACUACAAAUGUCCCUGCGAGAGAGGCCUGACCUGCGACGCCGAUAAAACCAUCGUGGGCUCCAUCACCAACAGCGACUUCGGCCUCUGCAAGGACCCCCAGGACUCCUACAGGAGGCGGUGAAGGAGGAGCCCCCCUGUGCCCCUCCAUGCUGCCCCUGCCAUCCAUCCUUUCCUCCUCUCCAGGGAUUCCUGGGUCUGGCUGUGGGAGAAUUUGAGUAAAGAGCAGCUUCUGCCAA